AUGCUUCUCAGCACUCUUGUGCUGGCUUUCGCAGUCUUUGCGUUUGCCUCGUACGAUCAACCUAUACUGGGAAUCAGUCUUGCGAAAAGAGAUCUCAUUGUCGUCCAAAGCUUAGCAAAUGGAUCGACGUCACUGAUAGCCAGAGUUUCGGCAGACGCUCCCUAUACAGAUUGGUUCGAACAAGUGGUGAAGCUUCUGGAGGAGAACAGGUUCGCAUUGUUUCCCAGACAUAUAGUUGACUCCACUGCCCUCCAUGAGGCUCUACUUGCCGCACAGUAUGCAGUGACUCAAGUGUUGCGACAGGAAGCACAAUUCAGCGUCGCUGCCUUGCCUCAAGAACUCGAGGAUCUGGUGACCGAAGCUCUCUCGACACUCAAUCUACUCGCGCCAUUAGAAACAUACGCUUCAUAUACCAUCAGGCCAGAGCGUGCAAUCGUCUACGCCUAUAAAUUGGGUACUUGCGAGGCCGUGAACCUUUCCAAAGAAUGUGAUCCCGAUGAUAUCAAUGGAGAAGCACUAUGGCUGAAUUUUGAUGCUGGAUUGCUAAAUUUGAGCCUUUUAUCUUUCGAAGAGUCUGGCGGAGACAUCUUUGCGGAGUCAAUGUUCCCGGAUCUGGAGAAAGUGGACCACUUUGAGGCAACUGACGAACGCUUGGUAAAUGCUCUUCGAAAGCACGUCAGCGAUUUUCUGGACCAAAACAAUGUUCUGAAAGAUUUUUCGGAUCGUCAUGGCCCCAAGUUCAAACCACUACGCUCUGAUAUCAAGGCCAUCGUCACGUCGGGAGAUCCUCCGCCUGGCUCCACGGAAGCUGUCAGACUAGCAUUCCGUCGUAUCUCGCCCGAUUUGGUAAAUUUGAUCCGGAACUCUGUAGAUCCAAGUUUGGCUAUGGCAGUAGGAGCAGCACGACGAGCUCGAGAGAUGUGGGAUCAUCCUGAAAGAUACGAUCCAGUCUGUCAAUAUUUCAUUGAAGAGCCCUUGCAUGAUGAGCUGUAG